AUGAUGUUACCAAGCCCGGUCACCUCCACCCCUUUCUCAGUCAAAGACAUUUUGAAUCUGGAGCAGCAGCAACACUUCCACGGAGCUCACUUGCAGGCGGAGUUGGAGCAGCACUUUCACUCGGCUCCCUGUAUGCUGGCGGCGGCUGAAGGGACACAAUUUUCCGAUGCAGGGGAGGAGGACGAGGAAGAAGAGGGAGAGAAACUGUCCUAUUUGAACUCACUAGCUGCUGCCGAGGGCCACGGAGAUUCAGGUCUCUGUCCGCAGAGCUAUGUCCAUACAGUCCUUCGAGACUCCUGCAGCAGGCCCAAGGAACAAGAGGAGGAGGUUGUGAGAGAACGGAGUCAAAAAAGCUGCCAGCUGAAGAAGUCUCUAGAAGCGACGGGAGACUGUAAGGCGAGCGAGGACGGCGAGAGGCCGAAGCCGCGCAGCCGCCGGAAGCCGCGGGUGCUCUUCUCGCAAGCUCAAGUCUUCGAGCUGGAGCGCAGGUUCAAGCAGCAGCGGUACCUGUCGGCGCCCGAGCGCGAGCACCUCGCCAGCAGCCUGAAGCUCACGUCCACGCAGGUGAAAAUCUGGUUCCAGAAUCGCAGGUACAAGUGCAAGAGACAGCGGCAGGACAAGUCCCUGGAGCUGGGGACGCACGCGCCGCCGCCGCCGCCUCGCCGCGUGGCGGUGCCGGUGCUGGUGCGGGACGGCAAGCCGUGCGUCACGCCCAGCGCGCAGGCCUAUGGCUCGCCCUACGGCGUGGGCGCCGGCGCCUAUUCCUACAACAGCUUCCCCGCCUACGGCUACGGGAACUCGGCCGCCGCCGCCGCAGCGGCUGCUGCAGCAGCCGCCGCAGCCGCGGCCUACAGCGGGAGCUACGGCUGCGCCUACCCGACAGGCGGGGGCGGCGGCGGGGCCUCCGCAGCGACCACCGCCAUGCAGCCCGCCUGCAGCGCCACCGGCGGCGGCUCCUUUGUGAACGUGAGCAACCUGGGAGGCUUUGGCAGCGGCGGCGGCGCUCAACCCUUGCACCAGGGUGCCGCAGCCGGGGCCGCGUGUGCACAGGGGACCUUGCAGGGCAUCAGGGCUUGGUAA